CCCUCCAGCCCGAUUCUCGUCGCUUUUUUGCUGCAAAUCUUUCGAUUGAAGCACCUACGAAGAGAAUUCUCUUCAAAUGAUAUUCGCAAUCAAUCUUCGUUUUCCUCGCGUCCAUGGCCAGAUCCACAAUUUCCAAUUUCAAUCUUGGCCGUCGUCGGCCCUUUCUAGGAGUCGACUGCCAUGCCAGAUCACCUACUGCAGAAAGAAAUUCAGCGACGCGGAUCUCGCCUCCGAUCUCGCUAUGGAAGUAGCGAAAAUCAACACCAAUUUGAUUCAGGGAGAGGAGGCGAUGACGAAGAGCAGAGAAAUUUUGUUCACAGAUCUCUGCGGAUUUCUAGAGCUAAAAUCGGAGGAGACGAAGAGAUGCUGGAAGAAGAUGGACGAGGAGGCGAAAUUGACAUUAGUUAAAGAGUUUGUGUCCGAGUGGGGGUUCAAUUUCCAACCAUUGUCGCCUAGGUCUGUGAAGGAAAUGGUGGAAGAAUACGUUAUUAAUGGAGAAAAUUCACCUGCAAUUUCUUCUGCUUCGUCGUUGAUUUCUUCGUUGAAGAAAUCGAUUGGAUUGUGACGAACUUUGCAUUUGGAUCUUCAAUUCCCGCGUCCAAUGUAAGCUGUUCUCUGCAUUUAUUUUUUACCAUGGAUUUCGACCCUCAAAUUCUGUAGAACCUUUUGAUUUCUUCUUGCCAAAAAAGUUGAAAUUUCUUCGAAGUAAUCGAAUCUAUCAAACCCUAAUUUACAUGUUA